UAUGGAAAGAAGUAGUCGAACUAUAACUCGAAGUGAACACAUGGAUAAACACUCCUACAUGACAAAGCAGACAGGGAGUGAGCGCGCGACUGGAAAAUAGAAACAGCCGAACGUUUUUGGGAGAACAUAGAACUAUUUGGGCUACAUCUUUUGCAUGCAGCGUUGAUGCUGAGUUGCUGUAAACAAUUUCAGUCAACGUUGGUUCAUGUUUAGUUGCUGAAACAUCUACGUUUUUUCCGCAAAGUGAACUUUGAGAGUAUUUUUCCUGCUGCGAACACAAAUAUAUGUAUUUAUCGAUAGAGCAUCAUUGCAGAAGCUUGAUAGCGUUGAAGUGAGAGCACCAGCGGAUGUGAGGAGAGAGUGUUUUGAGAGAAUCAACCCCUUUUUCUUUCAAGCCUUCUGUUUCUUUUUGUUUGGUAAAACAGUAGAGAGAGCGAGAGAGAGAGAAAUAGGGAGAGAGAGAGAUAGAUAUAUAGAUAUAUAGAGAGAGAGAGUCACAGGCAUUGGCGCUGCUUUCAUGCCGUCAGUCUUGCGGACCCUGAGAUGGACGUGAGAUUUUAUCCAGCACCCCCUUCAAGCGUGGGCUCAUGUACAUUGCCAACUGAUUCAAGUUGCCUGACCUCUUUGGACUAUUAUCACUGCAACAAGAGCAGAUACGGUGUAUCAGGCGACCACAGCGUUCGACUCUACAGCUCCCUGCCCAUGCGCCCUAACCCCGACGGGAAGAGACUGCCCUCUGCUGGGUUUGAUGGUGACAACAUGUACAUGAAUGAAAAUAACCAGGAGUUUCUCUCCCCAAAUCAGAGCUAUUCCGGUCAGGGCGGAGGAGGCAAUGGGAACGGCGCGGGGGACGAGGACUACGAGAUUCCCCCCAUCACCCCUCCCAACCACCCCGAGCCCCCCUUGCUCCACCUGAUGGACCCUGAGUCGGGCUACCUGUGCCACUCCCUAGGGGCCCACCACAACGGCCUGCUCAACCCCUACUCCUACCCGGAGCUGCCUGCCCUCAUGAUGUCCAAUAUGCUGGCCCAAGAUGGCCACCUGCUCUCCAGCCAAAUGCCCUCGAUCCAGGAGAUGACUCGCCACGACGGCUCACAUUAUGACCUCAGCCUUCACAACCCCCAUCUGAUAAACAGGUCACCUAGGAUACUGUCCCACCACCCCAUGAGUGCAAUGUCCCAACUGAACUCUCAGGUUGGCCGGAGUGCACUUACCCAUGGUUCUCCCUCACCUCCCGGAAGUAAAUCAGCCACACCCUCUCCCUCGAGCUCUACACAGGAAGAGGAGAUCGAUUCCCACCAUAAGAUCACGGGCGAGAAGCGGCCAUCCUCGGAGAUGAUGAAGCCCAAGCCCAAACCGCAGAAGAAGAAGAAGAAAAAGGACCCCAACGAGCCGAACAAGCCUGUGUCAGCCUACGCCCUCUUCUUCAGGGACACCCAGGCGGCCAUUAAGGGCUCCAACCCCAACGCCACCUUCGGGGACGUGUCCAAGAUAGUGGCCUCCAUGUGGGAUAGCCUGGGGGAGGAGGCAAAACAGGGCUACAAGAGGAAAACAGAGGCUGCCAAGAAGGAGUACCUGAAAGCCCUGGCUGCGUACCGAGCCAGUCUGGUUUCCAAGACCUACAAUGACCCGGUGGAGACAAAAGGUGCCCAGACGAGCCAGCCUUCCUCCCACAUGAUGCCCCCCAAUCCGCCCCUGUACAGUGUGCCACCCCAGCCCUCCUCCCCGUACAGUCUGGGGCCGGGGGGCUUCCCCCUGUCGGACCUGCAGAGCUACGCUGGGGCACCGCGUCAUGCACUUUCCCGGACCCUCAGCCAGUCCCAGAUGCUGCCCAGCAUUAGUGCCUCUCCCCCCUCCUCCUUCCAGAUCAGCCCACCCCUGCACCAACAGCUCUCCCUGCACCAGAGCUCCCUCCUCAACCAGCCAAUCCGCAUGCAGCACGGCCAGUCCCAGCCAAUCAUCUCCCACCAGAUGGGACUCCAGGCCUCCCUUCACUCACCACCUCCUGGACAGCAGGGAUUCUCCCACCUACAGUCUGAGUACCAGAAAAGUGUGGGUUCCCAGUCCCCGGCGGCCCCCAACCCUGGGGGUAGACAAAGCCACGAUUGGGACAGUGAAUACUGCGAUAGGGAGUGCGGUGGCAACCACUGCAGUGGCAGCAUGAUAGCUAGAGACAAGCCACUCUACCUCACUUGAAGCUGGAGGCCGCCGUCAACAAGAAAAGACACCAGGGAGUCAGCCCUCAACACCCCCCAACCACACACACCACCUCCCCGACCCAUCCCUCGCAACCCACCCACCCCUACCACCACCAAAACUCAACCUUUUUUUUGUCAAUGUAAUUUGGGUUUUUUAGAAGGAUCUGUGCAAUUCUGACGACUACUAGCGAUCCCUCUCUUUUUUUUAAAACUUUUUACGCAAAGCACUUACAAAUGUCCAGGCAUUUUUCCUUUCGCGCCUGAUUCUAGAGCACUCAUCUUUGUCUCAAAGUUUUAAAAAAAGUGAACUACCAUGAGAAUAGUCCCCCUCAGGGACUAAACUGAGCUUUAAUUGGAAUAAGAAGAGCAAAAAGCCUUCUUCUUCUCCUUCGUCUCCUUUUAAUCAUAUUUAAAUUGAUUUUGUUUAGUUUUCUUGUUAUUGUUUUUAUUUAUUUCUUGCUUGCUACAUUUGCUUUUGUCAAUAACAGUCCCUGUACUGUAGGGAAAAUACUCUUCUGGUAGGUUUCAGCACACAGGCCUUGAUGUUACUGUAGCUUUGCUUUAGGGUCUGUGACUUAUAUUAAUACAAAGUGACGACGGGGGGGGGGGGGGGGAUAAUUACAUAAAUUCUUUUUUUGUAAUAUGAAAGACCCAUGGAGGUUUACCAAGCUGUCACAGUGUGAUUGUAAAUAUCACUUUUAUGGGAUCAAAUUGGGAAUUCGAAGUCCAGAUGUCUUUUUUCUUCUUCUUUAAUAUUACCUGUAAGUCAUUGGUUUGUAUAAAAAAAAAAAUAUUGUGUGCCUGUGUGUGUGUGUGGAUGUGUAUGCGACUGUGCGUACGACGUGCGCACAUGCAUGUGGGUCUGUGCGUGUGUGUAUUGUGAAUUUUAACAGCCUGUGCAGGUGGAUUUCAGAGGAGUACUUCACACACUCGAUCUUGCAUUAAAUCUGUGCUCACUGGUGUGAUUUUUCCCAAUAAAGUUCAAUCUAAAAACCGAAUACAGAGUAUGGGUCCCGCAGAUCAUUCAAUGGAAAGAGCGAGAGAGAGAGAGAGAGAGAGAGAAAAGAGACAGAAAGGGAGAGAAAAAGGGAACAAGAAAGAGCGAGAUGUAGACACAUACACUCACAGGUGAACAGUGUUGCCUCAAACAUUUUUGGCCACUGUCUUUGUUGAUUUUAUUUUUAAUUCACCUGGUCAUGUUAAUUGUCAAUUUUCAGCCACUCAACAUAAAGAGGUAUACUAAAAAUGCUAUAUGUUAAUGGUUAUGUCACAGAAACAUAACAGUGGGUUUCUAGUAGCUUCUUAGGUGUUCUAUUGUGUUGAUCUCAUCUUUAAGUUUUGUGAUAAAUAUUAAUGCGUUUGAUGACAAAGAUAUAUGUUCUUAUUUUCACUGUAGCAUCAUUUCCUUUUUUGUUGUAAUUGAAAUAUAUUAACAUUUAAACCUGCCAAUUGUAGUUAUUUUAUUUGUAAAGCCAGUAAUGAUAAUUAUUUUAAAACUUGUUUUGCAAGUUGCCCAUCAGCUAUGACAGGUUUCUUAUUUACGAAAGAACAUGAGAUCAUUUUUUUGCUUCAUACAAUGGAGGUUCAUUUCAUUCAAAUUGCAUUGUUUUUAUGUUUGGUUUGAUGAUGAUGAUGAUGAUGAUAGUUGUUUUUGUUUGUAUUUUUUUUUUUUUUACAUUUAUAUGCUGGUUCUUUCUUUCCUCGCCGGGCGACAUUAUUUUGUGUCACAAUGCUUAUUUUAUUUCAAAUCUACAUAAUAAAUAAAUAAAAAAAACGUUCAAAGAGAAACA